GACAGGUACAUUGAAAUGACACGUUUGGAGGGAUGUGGACCAAACGCAGGCAGGUGGGACUAGUGUAGAUGGGACAGUGUGGGCAAGUUGGGCCGAAGGGCCCUUUUGUCUCCGCACUGUAUCACUGUAUGGCUACGUGAGAAGAAGGGUCUCGACCAGAAACGCCACCUAUCCAUGUUCUCCAGUGAUGAUGCCUGACCUGCCGAGUUGUGUCCUUGUACGCAGUAACUAACAUCUGCAGUUCAUCGUUUUGUUUUGACCUCGCGAAAUCCGCAGGAUCGGAUCUCCGGCGUCUGCGUUUGGGGCAACGUACAUUUUUGGGCUCGAAUUUAAUAAAACGCGUUGCAGCUUUUUCAAUGCUAAUAGUGCGAAGACUUUGCCUCCAUCACAGUGAGGAUGUGCUUGGUGAACUCACUGUGGUGGAUGUUUAAUUUGUGUUUAUUGUAUAUUUUGUUAUUAUUGAUUCUGUAUAUGACUGCAGGCAACAUAAUUUCGUUCAGACCGAAAGGUCUGCAUGACAAUAAAGGAUCUAUCUAUCUAUCUAUCUAUCUAUCUAUCUAUCUAUCUAUCUAUCUAUCUAUCUAUCUAUCUAUGUGUUGUCGCGGCCGCAGGUAUAAGGGAGAGAGAGGUUGCUUGCGGGAGGAGGUGCAACAGUUUAACUUGCAUGUACUGCGGGAAGCCUGUGAGCGCCACGCUUGUCUGUAGCAUUUUCGCUUUGACGUAGGGAGAAGGCAUAGAGAGAGAGAGAGGGGAUGGAGAGGGGAAGAGACAGACGAGUAUUUACAGGCUCAUAGCUACACUCUGGAUUUCUGGAACACGGACGGGUUUAAUCUCAGCACUUGUUGGGAAACCGCACCGCCCUCUCGGCCGCGCCGUGGGCUGAACUUUCGCCGCCGAUUCAUUUCCCCCCCUCUCUAAUCGGCUCUUUGCACCAUUAAGAGAAAGCGUCGGGACCGGAUUCUUCCCAGCGAACCGGAAAGUUUUUUUUUUAGGAGAGGGUAAAAAAUUCCUCUCCCACCCCCCUCCCCUCCCCCUCACUCCUCCAAAGUCAGGGGAAGUGGGGAGGUCAGAAGAGUUUUUGUUUUGUUGUUGGCCAGAGUGCAUCUUGCGAUGGGGACUUUGCGGGACCUGCAAUACGCCUUGCAGGAGAAGAUCGAGGAGUUGAGGCAACGGGACGCCCUGAUCGACGAGCUCGAGUUGGAACUGGACCAGAAGGACGACCUGAUCCAGAGGUUGCAGAACGAGUUGGACAAGUACCGCUCCGUGGUCAAGCCGGCCGGGAAACCGGCGCCGGGCCAAGCCCAGAGGUGCCCCCAGGAGCAGCAGCGGACCAAGCGGCAGGCCAUCUCGGCCGAGCCCACCGCCUUCGACAUCCAGGAUUUGAACCACGUUAUCCUCCCCUUCUACCAGAAGAGCCCACAAUCCAAGGAACUGAUCAAGGAAGCAAUCCAAGACAAUGACUUCAUGAAAAACUUGGAGCUAUCCCAGAUUCAGGAGAUUGUGGACUGCAUGUACCCGGUGGAAUAUGGAAAGGACAGUUGCAUUAUCAAGGAGGGCGAUGUUGGGUCGCUGGUUUAUGUUAUGGAAGAGGGCAAAGUUGAAGUGACGAAAGAAGAUAUCAAGUUAUGCACCAUGGGACCGGCAAAGGUGUUUGGAGAGCUCGCUAUCCUGUACAACUGCACCCGAACUGCCACAGUGAAAACUCUUACAACCGUAAAGCUAUGGGCCAUCGACCGACCAUGUUUUCAGACGAUAAUGAUGAGGACGGGACUAAUCAAGCAUGCCGAGUACAUGGAAUUUCUAAAGAGUGUACCGACAUUUCAAACCAUUUCAGAAGAAAUUCUCAGCAAACUAGCCGAUGUACUGGAGGAGACUUACUAUGAAGAUGGGGAGUACAUCAUCAGACAAGGGGCACGAGGAGAUACGUUCUUCAUUAUUAGCAAAGGAAAGGUGAAUGUAACUCGGGAAGAAUCGUCAAACGAGGAAGCUGCAUUACUUCGCACGUUGGGGAAGGGAGAUUGGUUUGGAGAGAAGGCUCUUCAGGGGGAGGACGUAAGAACAGCCAAUGUUAUCGCUGCUGAAACAGUGACCUGCCUUGUGAUCGACAGAGAUUCAUUCAAACACCUAAUUGGAGGCCUUGAAGACGUGUCGAACAAAGCUUACGAAGAUGCUGAAGCUAAAGCUAAAUAUGAGGCCGAGUCCGCCUUCUUCUCAAACCUGAAGCUGUGCGAUUUUAACAUCAUCGACACGCUGGGGGUUGGAGGAUUUGGAAGAGUUGAACUGGUUCAAUUGAAGAGCGAGGAGUCCAAAACGUAUGCAAUGAAGAUUUUGAAGAAGCGGCACAUUGUGGACACGCGGCAACAGGAGCACAUACGAUCCGAGAAGCAGAUUAUGCAGGAGGCUCAUUCAGACUUCAUAGUGAGACUGUACAGGACUUUCAAGGACAGUAAAUACCUCUACAUGUUAAUGGAAGCCUGCCUAGGGGGAGAGCUGUGGACCAUUCUCAGGGACAGAGGUUCUUUCGAUGACGCUACCACUCGAUUCUACACGGCCUGCGUGGUAGAAGCCUUCGCCUAUCUCCAUUUCAAAGGAAUUAUUUACAGGGACCUCAAACCAGAAAACUUAAUCCUGGAUCACAGGGGAUAUGCUAAACUGGUGGACUUUGGAUUUGCCAAGAAAAUAGGAUUUGGGAAAAAGACCUGGACGUUCUGUGGGACACCGGAAUACGUGGCUCCAGAAAUCAUCUUGAACAAAGGACAUGACAUAUCAGCUGAUUACUGGUCACUUGGAAUCCUUAUGUACGAACUUCUAACCGGCAGUCCGCCAUUCUCAGGGCCUGAUCCCAUGAAAACGUACAACAUCAUUCUUCGUGGGAUCGACAUGAUCGAAUUUCCAAAGAAAAUCACUAAAAAUGCUGCUAACCUCAUCAAGAAAUUAUGCAGGGACAAUCCGUCAGAAAGACUAGGGAAUUUGAAAAAUGGAGUUAAAGACAUCCAGAAACACAAAUGGUUUGAAGGUUUUAACUGGGAUGGAUUAAGGAAAGGCACUUUAACACCUCCAAUUGUACCUAAUGUGACAUCCCCAACGGACACGAGCAACUUCGACAGCUUCCCCGAAGACAAUGACGAACCUCCUCCUGACGAUGACUCCGGAUGGGAUGCGGAUUUCUGAGUCUGGUUCUUCAAAAUUUGCUUUUUGCCUUGCAUCUUUGUAA